GCUGAUCGCGGUAGCGGGGCCGACCUCAGGCCUGCCCCGGCUGAUUACCACUCCAAGCACAUCCCCAGCGGGGCCAGUGACAGCCCUGAGGGUUGCUUUUAUUCCUGCUCAGAACCCGAGCGCGACGGCGGUACUGGAGAGCUCUCAGAAGAGAGCUGUGAGAUGCAGCAGUGGUUAGGGAGAGGCUGUGUGUUAGAGGAAAGCUCGCUGUUGGAAUGUGAUGGCGUUUCCAGGUGGUCUCCUUCCAGAGUUGGGGAGGAGUGGCUGUAGGUGGUCAGCAGCCAGCACCCCGUACUUUGCUCCGGCACAGACCCUGCCCGUUGCAGGCUGCAGCCAACAGUGCCAGCCCAGACAGGCACGAUGACAAAUAGGAGCCGGGCAUUAGGCCUGCUGCCUGAUCCCUGUGAUCUUCCCAGCCGUUAACCAGCACUUUAAAAAUUCUGUCACUGGAGAACUUGGAAUAACCUGUGUCUGGUUAUCCUAUUCAGGAAGAUGCUUUAAACCAAAGAAACAUCUCUUCUGAAAUUCGCAGUUGAAUGACUUCAAUGCUGCUGUCUUCAGCAGCAGACUAAAAUUGCUAUUAGAGCUGCAAAAUAGCAGAAUUUCUCCUGUGCACAUUGCAGUCCUUGCUUCUUGGAGCAGCACUGCCACGAACUGCAGCACCAAUUGCCGGAAGCUCCAGAACAGUGAUCAAGCACAGAUGUGAUGAUGAUGAGGCAGGCAGGCAGGAGCAGCUCACUGAGGGCUUUAACCUCCACAAUGUACCUAAGGUCUGAAUAAAGAAAAGAAGACAGCGUGCUAUGUGAGGACAUGGCCUUCCUCUCAGCAGCAGCUAGGAGUGUCCUCGUGCUGCUCUCACAGCUGGACAGCUGGUGGCUUUCUGCAUUUUGUGUGAUGCUGGCUGUGCUUGUGAGUUUUAUGAUCCUGCUGCCACUAUUAGUUGCUGCAUGAGAAAGAGAGCAUGACAAUGAUAAGUAUGAGUGUAUGCCCUCCAUGCCCUCCCAGCAGGCAGAAGGAGCCACUUGUGGGAUCUGUGCUCACUGCCUGCAUGCUGCAGGCAUGGUGCUGGCAGCACUGCGGCUAUCAGCGAGAAACUGCUGCUGGUUGCUCCGUGGCGCAGCAAAAAGGCUGCUUGUAGGUGGGUGAAAUUGCACAGUACAAAAGCAAGGCACUCAGCACAGUGAGCCCCAAAUGCUUCUCUUUCUGUUCUGUGCAGUUUAAAUUCCUUUGCAUUCUGUGGCUUUGUCUCUUUUGCAUUUGAUAAUAACAUCCUUGAAGGACUGCAAAGUAAAGGCAGAAAGAAGUGAAAAUCCUCAGUCUUGCAUAUAUGGAGGUUUCUGGUCUGUUGGAACAUGUGGGCAGCUGUCUCUUUCUGGUAAGGAUGAAGUGCUGAUGGGAGACCAGAGACCACGAUAGAAAAUUCUGCAUAAAACGGGAGCACGAAUAACACUGAAGGAUAAUAGUGCUGUUGGGGAGACUGUAAUGGAUUGUGCUGAGAAGCUGUUGUGAAAUGAUGCCAUGUGGUUUUCCUUGAGAAAGCAGCAUUGGCAGGGCUGCUCAGCGUGGCACGGCCUGUUGUGGUUGCUGCUGCAGUGGUGUGGAUGGGAACCCCCACAGUCAGAUCUGCACUGUUGAAGUGUUGGGUGAGGCUUCAACUGAUAGAUGCCACAGAGGGGUGAAACUGAAGUGCAGGAUCCAUUCACCACAAAAGCUUUCCAUACGCUAUUUUACGUAACACGUUCUGAUGAUGGGCUUGCAGUACUGAGGAGAAUGCUGUGCUGCUAUACGAACUGUCAGAGCCAAAUCUCAAAAAUAAAAACCCCGCAUGCCCCCACCUCUGAUUUUAAAUGUUCAGAGGCAUCAUUCUGUGCUAGGUAAUAUUGGUGUGAUAAGCUGUACGUGCUGUACAAUGCAGGCACCAGCAAAUACGAGAGGUACUCUUAAAACCCACAAAACAUACUGGCUUUUGAAAAUACUGUUCUGUGUUUCAGCAGGAAAGUUCAUGGUGUACAAAAUAUGUUAAUUGGACAGACAAAACAUUUUCAACAAAGAUGUCAUUUUUUGAUGGGCGUGCAACAAUAUGUUGAUAGAAUCUGCUGGACAUACCUAUGGUGCACUCAUUCUCUUGAGAAAUUUGAAGCUGUAGGGUGAAGCUGUAAAGAGCGAGGGAUAAUGACUGCUGGAAAUGUUACAGCAAGUAUUAAAAGGCUUCUGGAUGUGAGACAGCUCCUUGUAGCCACGAUGGCAACGUCAUCAGAAGAAGUGUUACUGAUUGUAAAGAAGGUCCGCCAGAAGAAGCAGGAUGGAGCUCUGUACCUUAUGGCUGAGAGGAUAGCGUGGGCACCCGAAGGCAAAGACCGCUUCACAGUCAGCCACAUGUAUGCAGACAUAAAAUGCCAGAAAAUCAGUCCAGAAGGUAAAGCUAAAAUUCAGCUUCAGCUAGUAUUGCAUGCAGGGGACACAACCAACUUUCACUUCUCCAACGAAAGCACAGCAGUGAAGGAGCGAGAUGCGGUAAAGGACCUUCUUCAACAACUCUUGCCCAAAUUCAAGAGGAAAGCUAAUAAAGAACUUGAGGAGAAGAACAGAAUGCUGCAAGAAGAUCCUGUUUUGUUUCAGCUCUAUAAAGACCUUGUUGUGAGCCAAGUAAUCAGUGCUGAAGAAUUCUGGGCCAACCGUUUAAGCCUGAAUGCAGGGGAUAAUUCUGCAGCACCUAGUAAGCAGGAUGUGGGCAUCUCUGCAGCAUUUCUGGCUGACGUACGACCUCAAACAGAUGGCUGCAAUGGUCUGAGGUACAAUUUGACUUCAGAUAUCAUUGAAUCCAUAUUUCGAACAUAUCCUGCAGUGAAAAUGAAAUAUGCAGAAAAUGUUCCACAUAACAUGACAGAAAGGGAAUUCUGGACACGAUUUUUUCAGUCUCAUUAUUUCCACCGGGACAGACUCAACACAGGCUCAAAAGACCUCUUUGCUGAAUGUGCCAAACUGGAUGAGAAAGGGUUAAAAGCAAUGGUGUCUCAAGGAGUGAAAAACCCUAUGAUAGAUUUAACAGCUUUGGAAGACAGAACGUUAGAUGAAGGCUAUGGUGUUGCUCCUGUGGCCUCUACAUCAAAUGCCUCAAAAACUGCUAGAGAAAGUAGCAAUGCUGCCAUUAUAAAACGCUUUAAUCAUCACAGUGCCAUGGUCCUUGCAGCUGGCCUCAGAAAACAAGAAGCACAAAAUGACCAUUACAGUGAGACCAGCAGUACGGAUGGAAACUCCAGGGAUUCAGAUUUCUUUCAACCACCAAUGAAAAAGGUGAAACUACAGGAAUCCAUUGAAUAUGAAGAUUUAGCAAUGAAUAAUAGCACUAAAACUAUUGCACUAAAUUUAAAGAAAUCUGACAGGUAUUAUCAUGGUCCAACUCCAAUUCAAUCACAGCAAUAUGCAACCAGUCAGGAUAUAAUUAAUUCUUUUCAUAGUAUUAGGCAAGAAAUGGAAGCAUAUGUACCCAAUCUAACUCAGGUUCUUUCAAGUGGUGAUGCUACUAGCACAAUUGCAGUCCUGUCACCUGGAGGAGCACUUAUGCAGGGUGGAACACAGCAAGCCAUAAACCAGAUGGUGCCAAAUGACAUUCAGUCUGAAUUAAAACAUUUGUAUGUGGCAGUAGGGGAACUGCUAAGACACUUCUGGUCCUGCUUUCCUGUUAACACACCAUUCCUAGAAGAAAAGGUUGUGAAAAUGAGGAGCAACUUGGAAAGAUUUCAGCUUACAAAGCUCUGCCCAUUCCAAGAAAAGAUUCGGAGACAGUAUUUAAGCACAAAUUUGAUAAGUCAUAUAGAAGAGAUGCUGCAGACAGCCUACAAUAAGUUCCACACGUGGCAGUCCCGGCGUAUGCUGAAGAAGACGUGAGAGUGCAUGCUGUACAGGUUUGAGAACAAAAAUCUGCAAUAGGGAUAGGAGUACAACCUAGCACAUGUGCAGAUCUUAUAGUUGUUGCAGGAAGACCUGCAACCUACGGACUUCUGGAAAAGAUGCUAACUGAACUUGCACAUUUUUUGGAAAAAGAAAAAAAAAAAGAACUGAGAUUAAACUUGAAAACUAGGGAGAAGAACAAGAGCGAACCAAAACAGAAGAGCUGAGGCGCAAAACUAUUUAAAAGACACUGUUUACUGCAGUUACUCAGGAACUGCUUUUGAUUUGCAUUAAGAGCUGCUUUCAGAAAUAAAAAAUUUAAAGAGGGCGUAUUAAUAAAA